GGCUGGGGCUGGACUGGCUGGCGUGAGGGUGCUGGCCUUUGUUCCUCCACAGGGAGACCCCAAGUCCGAGAGGCGCCUUGCCAUCCUGUUUGCGCAUAGCGGUGCCGUGCCGAAGUGAACCAUGCCACUCUGGGUGCUGUUCCUCGUGCUCCUCUCACUCAGCAGCAGCUGCUCCCACUGCUCCCCGUCCCCCUCUGAGGCCAGCAGGACGCAGCGCUCCUCAGAUGCCAUCUUCACAAACAACUACCGAAAGCUGUUGCGCCAACUGUCUGCCCGCCAGCUGCUCCUGGACAUCAUGAGCCAAAAGCAGAGAAACGAAAAUCAGGAGCAGGUAGAGAAGGCACAGCUUGGGCACAAGGUGGGCAGUGUGUGCACCAACCAGAAGCUGACGACACCAAGCAACAGCCUGUUGGCCCUGCUGCAGAAGCACAGCAGGAAUUUCCAAGGAUGAACACGCCCUUCCUCCCAAGGCUCAGGCCACCUGCAGUCCAAACACAACUGGAUCCACUUCAUCCUGUUUCAUGUCUAAUUUCCUUUUUCUUUGAUAAAUACAAGUAAAAUUCCCCUACCCUGA